AUGGCCGAUUUCCUGUCUUACCUCUUCAGCUGCGCGUCCAAGUUCAUUCAGGAUACCCAUGCCAACGGGAAAGACCUCUGGGAGUCUGUGCAGGGCGAUAUCCACUAUGUCCUCUCCCAUCCGAACGGCUGGGAAGGCUUUCAGCAAACGCAGAUGAGGCAAGCUAUCGUCAAAGCGGGGUUGAUCCCUGAUACAGAGAAGGGCCACUCGAGGGUGUCGUUCGUGACCGAGGGUGAAGCCAGUCUGCACUUCUCCAUCGAGAACGGCCUGCCUUCCCGGGCUAUGGAUAAAGGAGAAGGCGUGGCCAUCGUGGAUGCUGGAGGAGGCACCAUCGACAUGAGUGCCUAUAGCCGAUAUGGCGUUGGAGGCGAAGAAGCGAAAACGUUCAAGGAGAUUGCUCCCCCUCAAUGUCACUUCCAGGGCUCGGUCUUCGUCAGUAUCCAUGCCCGGGUGUUCCUUGAGGAAUUCCUCGCCGAAUCUGACUUUAUCGAGGACCUCGACCACAUAAUCCGUUGUUUCGACAAGACUACCAAAGUCCGGUUCAGCAGCGACAAACAACCUCAAUACGUCAAGUUUGGAUCGACAAGAGAUAACGAUGCCAGUUGUAACAUUCGCUUCGGACAACUGAAAUUGAGCGGCGAGGAUGUUGCCACGUUCUUCGAAGGUUCCAUCAAGUGUAUUGUCAAUGCGAUCUUGGAAAUGAAGAAAAUGUCACAUAAACCUAUCGGUCACGUUGUCCUCGUCGGCGGCUUCGCAGCCAACGACUGGUUGUUCAACCAGAUAGAAUCCCGACUCAAAUACCAAGAUGUCAUCGUUAUUCGACCCGAAAACCAUGUGAACAAAGCGGUAUCUGACGGAGCAAUCUCCUUCUACUUGGACCACCACGUCACCACCCGAGUUGCAAAGUUCACAUAUGGCCAAUUCCGAACAGCGUUCUACGACGCAUCCGAUCCCGACCACCGACUGCGCUAUACCAAGAUGUACACAUGCGCAUCUGGAGAGAAGCUUGUCCCUGAUUUCUUUGCGGUCAUUUUGACCAAGAAUACCCAAGUGAAAGAGGGUCAAGAAUUUAGACAGGGUUUUGGUCUACGCGCCGAGACCAAAUCCGAGAUCCAUCAUGUCACAUCGACAGUUUGGGCGUAUCGAGGCAAGAACCCGAAUCCAAAAUGGAAAGAUGUAGAACCAGAGAUGUACACGAAACUCUGCACGAUAGAGAUGGACCUGUCGCAUAUACCUCUAACGCCCCGUCAAAAGGCGAACGGCGCGCGAGGCACAUACUACUACCUAGGGUACGACCUCGUUCUGUUCUUCAGCUCUGUGGAGUUGAAGGCUCAGAUUUGCUGGGAAGAAAACGGUGUCGAGAAACGUAGUCCGGCGAAGAUCGUUUAUGACCCAGAUAUCACGGCCGACUGAUGAUCAUAUACAUAAUCUUGCUUUCAAUAUCUCUCUGCCAAUAUCGUUUACUCUGCUCCUCGUCCUGUAGUCCUGUAUGUACCGUUAGCCCAUGAUACGUCAAUACUACGACUAUCCCUAUCCCGAACUACGAAUUAAGUAAGGGAAUACACUGUUAUUGUUCGAAGGCGGCUAAGCCAUUGUCCAUCCGCACGCAAAGGAAAGCGAGAUAGAUCGGUUCUCGUCUGAUCGUUCGUGAGGUCGAGGUUCACUGUACUGGAAAUCGACAGAGGUUCAUCGGCCUUCAUAAAGUUCGAGUUCCAAACCGCGGUCCUGAAGCUUCUGCUUGAUGGGCUGGAACAUAGGAUGGUCAAGAAUGAACUUCCAUUCACCAUAAAGAACCACCCGCUCCAAAGAUUCCAGCCUCUCCCCUGCCAAGAACGUAAAAUGCUCCCUCAAUCGAUCCCACAAUUCCUGCCCAUUAGAAAGCAUGCCGUUCACUGCAGAAUGCAUCCCAAUGGUCUUCAAUGACGUGUGUGGACGACUCGGAGUAUUAAUGUUUGGGUCUUCUUGGCUGGGUGGGAUGGUGAAGAAAAU